AUGGACCCUUUGCCGCAAUAUUCGAGCCUCCAGGCGGCAACCGCCCAGCUUCCUCCAACAUAUACCCCCUCGAUCGAGCACAUCUCGUUGAACUUCCUCUACCACGAGUCCUCUACACGGCCUGCACGCAGGAGAAAUGGCUUUGAGCCGGUGUUGUUUGAAAUUAACUCCACCCAGGUCAACAUAUACGAGAUAAAGCCGUACGCACGCAAGUUUGCCAAGUUCUACUUCCACAACCUUCGGCCUGAGUACAUCGACCCAGAGCUGAAUAUCAAGUCUGGACGUAUAACCUGUUACCAGUUCGAGGACUGGAUGAAGGCCAACGAAAGAGCUCAGCACAACUGGGCAACGAGACUCACAAAGAGUCUUCUGCACAUGAAAGAGGACGACGGUAAGUGUCUGAGCAAGGCCAAGCUUGCUUCGCACAACUGUACCAUGGUGCACGAACUGCUGUUGUAUCGGCCAGACUUGCGCAAAGUGACUACUGCGGAGUCGCACGAUAUGGACGAGUCUUUGAACCGCAUCAAGGGAUCGCGGAUCCACUCGUUUUCGCUGCAGGAGCUGGUCAACUUUGGCAACGCGGCAGACUUCCCAUACAAGCCGUUCACGCUGCGGAUCCAGUUUCCCCAGGACCAGUUCUUGAUCACCUCGUACAACUCCGGGGUGUUUGUGGAGCUGUACUACAAGCUCAACAUUGCCCGAGAACUGUCCCUGGACCUGGAUCUGCGCACAGAGAUGCCGCUGGACCACUCGGUUCCGCGCAGAAGACGGAACCGGUCGCACAGGUCUGCAACCGUGAGCACCGGUUUCUCCUCCACUAUCAGCGUCGACAGCAUGGAGGGCGACGAUGUGUCUUUGUUUUCGCAGCCGUUACAGUUGGAGUCUACGGGGGCGUCCGACUGGGAAGACGAGCGCGUGGUGAGUGCCAAGAAGCAGGCGACCAGCCAAUCGUUGCGCAAAGAUGUUGAACAGUAUAAAGAGCUGGUGUACACGAUUCGGUGCAUGCGGGGGCUUCGGAGCGCUCACUGA